UGGACGGUGAGAUUGGACACCCGGAACCUCAUUUCGCCGGCCUCGGACCUGCUAAAGCUAAGUGCUAACACAAUCAGAUAUUUAUGAAGGAAUUUGUUACAAUACUGUGCGUAUUUUAUAGUAGUUUGGAGUUACAGUACGUAUUGUAUUGACUUUUAUUAUGAUACUGCAGCAACAUAAACAGAAAAACGAUUCAUAUUUGACACCACGUUAGCAGCGUCGGCACCUAGCAUGACAAAAAAAGCAGCGCAGGCACAAUUAAACACAACACGAUAAUUAAUUAAACAUAUAAUUAAUCAGAAAUGAGACUAAUUAGCUUUGUUGGCUAUAACACAAAGCUAAGAUGUUAGCUAAGCAUAUUGAGUGGAUUGUUUUUAGCAUCUGUCGUGCAUAACCCAUCACAGCAGUUAGCUAAUGUUUGCUCACACAUGUGGACCAAAGACCAAACGCUUUGUUUGCUGGGCUCUUCUACCUGCACGAGGAGCGCAGCUUUGAGCACAAUGAAGCUUCCGAGUUCGACAAAUUCCACGUGUGAUCCUCCUUUUAUGUGACGGCCACCAGAAUGUCCGCUUGGCAAAAGCGCUGAAGAAUGUCCGCCAUGUGCUUCUGAGUCAUUGCCUCCAUUGUGCCGCGCCACAACGGCCUGACAAGCUUUCAAAGAUGGCCUCCGCCGGAUCGAUGCCAUCGUCGCCAUCGCCAUCAUCACCACCGGCUACAGUCCGGUGCUAGUCGUCUUCGUCGUAUGUGGUAAAGCUCAGUUAGUCGGUUUGUGUACUUAGCAGGUAGCAUGUGGUUUCGACUCUAUUCGGUCACUCAGUGACUUUUAUUUUGAAAGAAAUAGAUUGGAUGGGUAGUGGACGAUAGGCUGAAUAAAUGAUGAUGAUUUUGCUGAGAGGUGGUGGUGACGAAGAUUGUUGAGGGAGUAAGAUGGAGAUAUGGUGUGUUUUCUCACAAUGAAGUUUGAAAAUUUUCCACUUCCUGUUGGCUGCUUGCCGAUUUCCUUCACCUCUGGAAUAUUCUACUGAGAACUGAAGCAACUCAGGAAGAGUCCAGGUGGGGAUGGACAGAGGCAGGUGUACACCCCCCUCCACUACUACCACCACUACUACCACGAACGGCUUCCAUCAAGCCCCGCCCCCUCAUCCGACCCUGGCUGGCUCGUAUAAAAAUCGUCCCUACUAUGACUGGAGCGACGGGACUUAUGUAACUUUUAAGACAAGAGCUUCUCCGCCCACCCCCUCCCUCUCCCAUCCUCUUCAUUUCUCUUCUCUGCUCACUCUGGGCUGGCUGGUGAGUCCACUGACUUCUCGUCUUCUGGUUGGGAACGAGCAGCCGGGGGUGUCGUGGACAUAAGAGGCUCAUCCGACACCCUGAAGGAUGUCUUCAUCCCAGCUGGAACGUGAGGGUGUUGCCGUGGUGAAACAUGAAAAGUUAUGAAGGCUGUCAAUCAUCUGAUGGGCGCAGCUAGAUGUCUUAAGUUUGGACCACAUUGACCCCCCCAUCCUUGUCCGCGUUGUCCUGCACAUGGAGUGAGUAGAAAAACAGCAUGGAGGUCAUCCAGGUGAAAAGCAACACCGUCAUGGUGGAGUGGCCCAACGUCACCGGGACCGUCCGGCAGGAGCCGAGCCUGAAGCCGGAGGAGAUCCACAAGUCCAAAUGUGUCCUGGGCUUCAUCCCUGUGGUCUACUACAGCGUUCUGCUGUGUGUGGGCUUGCCAGUCAACGUGUUGACGGCGGUGGUCUUGUGGAGGUUGGCCUCCCGCACCAAGAGGGCGCUCUACUGCUACCUUCUGGCCGUCACCGCCUCAGACCUUCUCUCCCAGCUUUUCAUCAUCUUCGUGGGCUUCCUGCUGGAGACGGCGGUGUUCCACCGCGAGGUCCCCCUCCUAUUGCUGCACGCGGUCAGCGCGGCCGAAUUUGCGGCCAACCACGCCUCCAUCUGGUCCACCGUGCCCCUAACCGUGGACCGCUACGUGGCGCUGUGCCACCCGCUCCUCCACCGUCAAAUCAGCUACCCGGCGCGGGCCUGGAGGAUCAUCGCAUUGGUCAUGGCGUGCUCGCUGGCCUCCGGGGUGCCGUUCUUCUGGUGGUCGGACAUGUGGCGGAAUGCCGACCCGCCGACACCGCUGGACGCUGCCCUCAUUUGGAGUCACGUGACCAUCAUCUACUUCCUGCCGUGCAGCAUCUUCCUGGUGCUGAACUCAAUGAUCCUCUGCAGGCUGAGGUCGAAGCGGAGGGAGCCCGGCGCCGAGGGGGCCCCGCCGCGCCGCCUCGGGAAGGCCACAGCCAUGUUGCUGGCCGUCACCACCGCCUUCUCUGUGCUGUGGGCGCCCAGGACCGUGGUGGUCAUCUACCACCUGCACGUGUCCUCGGUGCACCGCGACUGGCGCGUCCACCUGGCCUACGACCUUUCCAACAUGGUGGCCAUGCUCAACACAGCCGUCAACUUCUUCCUCUACUGUUUUGUCAGCAAGGCCUUCCGCCGCGCCGCCUGGGAGGCGGUGCUUCUCCGAGGAGCCACGCAGCCUCCUCGCCGCCUGGAAGCGUCGGCGUGCGGCGUGAACGACAAACACCGGCAGCGGGAGUCUACCCCCCCGUGCCUGGACGACCCCGUGCCCCUCGCUCACAUCACCUGAGGAUCGCUGCCAUCACGGCACAUUUAAAAUACAUCCUGCUGCUGAUGACUAACAUGGCCGCCGUGGCUUUAAAAAAUGUGUCCGGCUGAGCUCGGCCUGCCGAGCAAACAAAGUGCAGAUGUCGUGAAAUGUGACUCCGCCUUCUCAAACAACCUCUCGCUGCCUCGCCAGCACGAUCCUGGCUUUGGCUAAACACACACACUCACUCGCUCAGUGAGUACAUUUCCAUUUUGGGCGACACAAACCAACAUCAAAUAAAGUACAAAGUGCUAUUUUAUUUAUAACCUGAUUAAAGGAGCAUAGUACAUGUGGCGUGUGUACAUGACAUUAAUAUUCUAAAUAAAUCAUCAAUUAUUAAUAAACUAUUAUUAUUACUACAUAUUACCAGACCCUAGUGAGGAUAAGCGGCAUAGAAAACGGAUGGAUGGAUAUUACUUGGCCUUUGUGAUAGAAAGGAACAGCGCCCUCUUGUGGACAUGAGGGAAACUACGAAGCAGUGGCAGGUGUGAAGAAUGGCUAAACAUGAAUAAUUCACGAGUUAAUUGACAGUAAAAAAAAAUUACAGUAUUUAGUAAUUAGUAGCUAAGGGUGUAGCUGCAGGUUGCAGUGACGUCACCACAAGCCUCUUGGUGAAUAAGCCGUAG